AUGGGCAACUUUCUAACUACUCCAAUUACCGAGAAAGAUACUGAUGGAGGUGAAGGAAAUGGCCUUUUUUUUGGCUUGGCCACGAUGCAGGGCUGGCGUACGGGUAUGGAAGACGCUCAUGUGGCUCAAAUUAAUCCUGAAGGGUUACCCCAAGGCUGCUCGCUCUUUGCAGUGUUUGACGGCCACGGUGGGCGACUGGCUGCAGAUCUCGCUGCCGAGGGUAUAACAAAAGAGUUUGCAGCUGUCAUGAAAAGUGACAUUUUCCCAGGAGGCAAAGCAGAAGGCGCUGACCCCAAAAAGAUCGGAAAGGCCAUGCGUGACGCCUUCAUGAAUCUGGAUCAAAACAUUCGCAAAACGUUCGACGAGAAUUAUGCCUCGGACCAAAGUGGCUGCACCGCCAUUACCGCGCUUGUCACCCCAACACACAUCAUAGUGGCUAAUUCGGGUGACUCACGUAGCGUCAUGGCCAAGGGCGGCCGCACAGUUGAAAUGUCCUUCGACCACAAGCCCAUCAAUGCAGAAGAACGCAAGCGUAUAGAACAAGCCGGUGGUCUAGUGCGCAGCAAUCGCGUGAAUGGAGAUCUGGCAGUGUCGCGGGCUCUGGGAGACUUUUCGUACAAGGCUCGUGCAGAUUUACCUGCGGAGAAGCAGCAGGUGUCUGCAGAGCCUGAAAUCCAAGUGCAAAAGAUUGAGAAAACUGAGGAGUUUUUGGUGCUUGCAUGUGACGGCAUUUGGGACGUCAUGAGUAACGACGAAAUUUGCGCUUACAUUCGUCAGCUUAUGAAUGACGGCGAAAUGGAUCUCAAAUUAAUAGCAGAAGAGAUUUUGGAUAAUUGCCUUCGUGCUGGAAGUCGUGACAAUAUGAGCGUCGUGAUUGUCAAAUUUCCUGGAGCAAAAUUUGGUCAAGGUGGUGGCGUAUCCAAAAUUCGUGAGGAACGGGCACGCUUAGAGAUGGCGGAGCAAAAUAAAAGUGGAGACUUUGUUGAAAGCAAUUCGGUUGGUGUUGCGGGUGCUCUUUCAAAUUUCAAGUCCUCGUAG